AUGACCCAUUCAGAAAAUCCCCCAACAGCCGAACCCACCGUCACCUUCAGUUCCGGCCGAGAUGUGACCUCUCCGCCGGACCUGCGAUUGCUUCAUUACAACGAUGUCUAUCAUCUCGACCCGUCGUCGGCUGAGCCCGUUGGCGGCAUCGCUCGGUUCAUGACGGUCUGCAAGGAGUACCGCGAGGCUGAGCGGUUCCGGGGCCAGCCAGAAUUAGUCACGCUUUUCUCCGGCGACGUCUUUAAUCCAAGCCUUGAGAGCUCCAUUACAAAGGGUAGCCACAUGGUCCCUCUGCUGAACAUGAUUGGAACCGAUUGCGCCUGUGUUGGGAACCAUGACCUCGACUUUGGAGUGCUGCAGUACCAACACCUGACCUCCAAGUGCCACUUCCCCUGGCUGCUGGCCAACGUGCUAGACCCGGCUCUCGGGGAGGGCGUGCCGCUGGGCAACGCCAAGAAGACGCACAUGAUCACGACCUCGAACGGGAUCAAGAUCGGCCUGCUCGGCCUCGGCGAGCGCGAGUGGCUCGACACGGUCAAUUCCUUACCGCCAGACAUCAUCUACCGGUCCGCCAGCGAGGUGGCGCGGGAGCUGGUGCCGCAGCUGCGCGCGGAGGGCGCCGACAUCGUCAUCGCCAUCACGCACAUGCGGCAGCCCAACGACAACAAGCUGGCCGCGCAGCUUGGCGGAUUUGACGGCGGCGGGAUCGACAUCAUCCUCGGCGGGCACGACCAUUUCUACGCCCACAGCCUUAUCAAUGGCACGCACGUGCUGCGGUCCGGGUCCGACUUCAAGCAGUUGAGCUACCUGGAGGUGCGGCGGGCGGAGCCGGGGAGUGCCAGUGGCAGGAGAUGGGACGUCGAUAUCUGGCGCCGCGACAUUGUGCGCGCCGUGCCCGAGGAUGCUGAGACGCUCGCCCUGGUCGACAAGCUCACUGCCAAGCUGAAGAAGAGUCUCGAAAUGCCCAUCGGCUGGACCGCUGCACCGCUUGACGCGCGGUUUACCACUGUGAGGCUGAAGGAGAGUAAUCUGGGGAAUUUUGUGUGUGAUAUUAUGCGGCAUCAUUACGGUGCUGAGUGUGCGCUCAUGGCGUCCGGCACGAUUCGCGGCGAUCAGGUAUAUGCGCCGGGCCCGAUCAGGGUUAAGGAUGUGACGAAUUGUUUUCCGUUUGAAGACCCCGUUGUGGUGAUUAAGCUCUCUGGCAAGGCUCUGUGGGAUGCGCUUGAAAACGGCGUCUCGCUGUAUCCCUCGCUAGAAGGCCGAUUCCCUCAGGUGUCCAAUAUCGGAUUCGAGUUUGACCCGGCCCGUCCCGUAGGGUCGCGAAUCAUCUCGGCCAGCGUCGGCGGAACGCCUAUAGACUCCAAGCGAAUCUACGUCAUGGCUACGCGCGGCUACAUGGCGCGCGGAAAGGACGGGUAUCGGAGCCUGCUGGUGCAGCCCGAAGGCGGCGAGUGUGAGGAGGUAGUGUCGGAAGAGAACGGCGUGCUCAUCUCGACCAUUUUGCGGCAGUACUUCAUGUCCCUGACCGUAAUGGACAAGUGGGCGGGUUGGGCACCAUCGAUGGAGCGGCACUGGGCCCAAGUCGCAAAGGAUGUGGCCAAGUGCCAUCCCAUUGUCGGAGAACCCUCAGGGUCACCGCCCGCCAGCCCAGUUAAGGAAAAGUCAACCAGAUCAGAAGGCGGAUGGUCGGAGUGGACGGCGGCAAAGCUAAGAGACAGAAAAUCUCACCUCACCCCGCUGGCCGGACGUGCCGAGGACAGCGAUGAGUCAGAACCGGGGGAACCUGAAGGUGAAGCAGAGGCAGAAGCGGCCGCCCGCGCAGACGUCCGCAACCUCGACAGGGAGCUUUCCAUCAUGCGCCGCGUCUUCCGCAAAUGGUGCCGUCUGGCCGGGGUGGAGGGCAAGCUGUGCGAUGACCUGGCCGAGGGCGAAUUCGAGGUCUCGUGGACUAGAGCGGUUGCGCCUCGCGUGGAAGGCAGGAUUAAGAUGGUCACUGGCACUGCUUGA